AUGGCUGUUUUAUCAUCAGGUACUUGUCUGAAAACGUUAGUUGGCCACAGUGGAGCAGUAACAGCAGUGCUGUUCAGCAGGGACGGGACCCUUGUCAUCUCAUGUAGCUAUGACAGCAAAUGCUGUGUAUGGGAUGUACUGUCUGGCUGUUGUUUGAAAUCCAUCUCAGUGAGCCAGCAGUCACAUUUACCCAUAUCACAUGCCACAAUGUCACCAAAUGGCAAAUAUCUGUUGAUGUCAACCCUUGAUAGCACACUUACAAUGUGGGAUUACAAAAUUGGACAAGGAAGGAUUAUCAAAACCUACCAAGGUAUCAUUCUAAGUUUUGACCCUGUGAUCAGCUUUCAUUAUUUGUUUUUAGAGUGACUAGCAUCCAAUUUCUCAUUACAGUGUCACCCCUGAAUCACACAUUAAGGUCACAAGAAUGAAGGAAAUGAUCACCAACUAAUGAAGCUCUUGAUUGUUAAACAAAUUCUCCCUGUUAGUGCCUUAGGAAAUGUAUGGAAAAAAGUAUGAAGAAUAUGCUAAUUACACUGAUAUUAGGUACAGGAUAAGUACUGUAGUAUUAAGGAUCAAACAUAAAGAGGUGAUCACAAAGAAUUCUGUAACCAACAAGAGACCAUAGUGUCCUGUUGUUUGCUUAUCUCACUCUUCUUUGUGACACUUUUUCCCCACAAUACCGCUAAUUGCAACCAAAGCUAACGUAAUGUUAAAUCUUUAAGUAGUUAUCAGGUUAAUGUUGCAAUUGCUUGAUAUCUACCCCACAGGUCAUUUUUCCUUCCUUGCCAAUGCAACACUACAGUUUCUUUUAAUUAGAUACCAAUAAUCUCAUUUAAGUUAAUUUUGGCAUUAUCUGAGGAGCUGUUUUGUCCCCAUCAAACAUGCUACCUGCAUAUGCUAUGAUAGCAGGUAAUUUAGUGUUAACAACUGGGUUGAGACAGAGUGAUCUGAUGCAUGUAUGAUACUUUAGUUAUUUAUAAUGUAUUCAUCUAUCAACAGGACAUCUAAACAAGGACUAUUGUGUAAUGAGCUGCCUUAGCACAGUGAAUGGCAAGUGGGUGUUAUCUGGAUCAGAAGACAAUCAGCUGUAUAUGUGGGAACUAAACUCUUGUCAAAUUGUGGGAAAGCUGAGUGGACACACAAAACCUGUAUUAAGCUGUGAUGCUCAUCCAUCAGAUCAAGUUAUUGUAUCAGGUUCACUUGAUAAGAGCAUCAAGUUAUGGAGGUGGUCUUCAGAUGAGCAAGGUGUACUGUGAUCUCCUCUGCUCUCUACAGUUGCUCUGCAGUUUCUCGGAGAAUGUUUGCAAAGGGCCUCCAAAGCAUUGAGAAAAACUGGCUGGAUCUUUUUCAACAGUCAGCAUUUCAAGACCAUGCUCUGUGGCACAGAUUCUAAAUGAAAUCAUUAGCCUAUGUACCUUACCUAAAAACUGGACAAAAUCAUUCCCAGUGUGCCCUGGAAGAGAGGAAUCUGGACCUUUUUCAUGGAAGAACGAUAAAGAACCUUGGAAUGAGUUUAGGUCACGAACUAGGCAAAAACUUUUCAAAAUUUUGUAUAGAUUUUCUGCAUCAACUAGCAAAUUUUCAGUUUUUAUUUAAAUGUUUGGAAAUAUCUCUUUUGGAACUUUGGUGUGCCUAAAGGUGACUUAAACCAAAAACUUGAUUUUGUAAUGCAAGUGCUGAUAAGUAUAUGUAAUCACAUGAGGCCAAGUACUAUUAAGGAUUAAUUGCAC